GGCGGGAGAAGCGCUUCCGGUGGCGGCGGAGGCGGCGCGAGUGGGACCUGCGAGCGGCGCGGCGGCGGCCCGGGGGAGCGUCCAGGACCAUGUCUGGAGAGCUGCCGCCAGACAUCAACAUCAAGGAGCCUCGAUGGGAUCAAAGCACUUUUGUCGGACGAGCCAGUCAUUUCUUCACUGUAACUGACCCGAGGAAUAUUCUGUUAACAAACGAACAACUAGAGAAUGCAAGAAAAACAGUACAUGAUUACAGGCAAGGAAUUGUUCCUCCAGGUCUUACAGAAAAUGAAUUAUGGAGAGCAAAGUACAUCUACGAUUCAGCUUUUCAUCCUGACACUGGUGAAAAGAUGAUUUUGAUAGGAAGAAUGUCAGCUCAGGUUCCAAUGAACAUGACCAUCACAGGUUGCAUGAUGACCUUUUAUAGGACUACGCCGGCGGUGGUGUUCUGGCAGUGGAUUAACCAGUCCUUCAACGCUGUGGUCAAUUACACCAACAGAAGUGGAGACGCUCCCCUCACUGUAAAUGAAUUGGGAACGGCUUACGUUUCUGCAACAACUGGUGCCGUAGCAACAGCUCUAGGACUUAAUGCAUUAACCAAGCAUGUCUCGCCACUGGUAGGACGUUUUGUUCCCUUUGCUGCCGUAGCUGCUGCCAAUUGCAUUAAUAUUCCACUAAUGAGGCAAAGGGAGCUCAGAGUUGGCAUUCCGGUCACAGAUGAAAACGGGAACCGCUUGGGGGAAUCGGCAAACGCUGCAAAACAAGCCAUCACACAGGUGGUCGUCUCCAGGAUCCUCAUGGCAGCCCCUGGCAUGGCUAUCCCUCCGUUUAUUAUGAACACUUUGGAAAAGAAAGCCUUUUUGAAGAGGUUCCCAUGGAUGAGUGCACCUAUUCAAGUUGGAUUGGUUGGCUUCUGUUUGGUGUUUGCUACGCCCCUGUGUUGUGCUCUGUUUCCUCAGAAAAGGUAUGUAAUUAUUAUUCUUCAGAAUGAUCGUGAGUUUUAAUCCUAAAAACCAGGUGUAGACACUAUGCCGUUACUGCAUCUCACGGGGUAAGAAGUUGAGACUCAAAAGGAUAAUGAUGCGAAGUUCUCUAAAAGGAAGAAAUGGAGGCAGAAAUCAAACCUGCGUCUGUCUGAUUUCAAAACUCUCUGUACCCAGAUCUCUCCCCCUUCCCUUAAAUUUGAAAACGCUUUAUUCUUUUGUAAGAGUCAGGUUAACUCUGGUGCAAAUUUGCUUUUAUAAAAAUUUACCUGUGGUUCAUUGUCAUCCAGUCCAUUGGCAAACGCAUCUAUAAGACAGAUGAGUUGGAAUUUAAGUUCCACCCCCAGGGACGGCAAUUAUAUGCACUUAGCUUAGGUAGUUGGUAUAUUUGCAUCCCUUCUCCCUACUUAGGUUUUUUGCCUACAAGCUUUCUUUUUUUUUUUUUUUAGAGUCAUAUAAAGAUAAAUUUUAAUUUGGAGACUUGUUUCUAAGGAGUAUAUAAACUAAUUAAAAGUACGGGCUCUGGACUUAGAUCCCCUGGGACUGAAUCUUGACUUUGCCUCAUACUUGCCCAUGGACAAAUUUUUUCUUCUCGGUGUUUCAGUUUCCUCACCAGUAAAAUUAGGAUAAGAAUAGUGAUUAUUUUAUAGAGUCGUUAUGAGGAUGGAAUGAUAUAUCUUUACAUACAGAUCUCUUAUAACAAGAACUGGCACAUAGUAACUACUCAGUAAAUGUUAGCUGUUGCUAUUAAUAUAUACAAGCCUGUUAAACAUUUGGGGAGUGGAAGUUUUGUCAUUAAGGUACUUUAUCUUUUUUUUUAUUGUUAUUAUUAUUUCAGCAUAUUGUGGGGGUACAAAAGUUUAGGUUAUGUAUAUUG